CAAGUACCAAUUACAAGGCAGAAAAAGUCAUGUCAGAUAAACUGAAUUUUAACAAGAACACCGGAAUACGAGAAGCCGCAUUGUUGAUGGUCAAAGAGAAGUGUGGACGUUAUGCCCUGAUACGUGAGCCAUUGUAUUUGGAUCGGUGUGUGGUAUGCAGUGAAGCUGAUUGGGAUGAAUAUUUUGAGAUACAGGAGAUCUCAUCGAAGGAUACGUUCAUAUUUAAGGCUGAGGAUAAUGCCCGCACCAAACAAUGGUACACCCAACUACAGUAUCAUGCUCAGGGUAUGGGAGCAUGGCGUAAAAGGCGUAACGCUCUGGCCAAUAUUAUGAUUAAUGGCAUGUUGACACGUAGCUGAAUCCCAGCGA